UGUGACAUUUAUCUAGUAGCCAGCCUGCCUGACGUUUUACUUGUGCAGCACAGCAGGCCGCAAUCAUUGCAGCAGUGCGCUGUGAACACAACAAGUUGUGAGAGAGUGCAGGGCUCGGCCGGAUAAGACUGCAUCGUAAUAAUGGAUGAUAAGCCUGCGAAAAUUAGCCCAGUUUAUUUCCUAUCACAACGGCAGCUUGAUGGCACAGCGAUCAAACGCGAAUUAUUCGCACGGCGGCUCAACGUCGCUAAAAACCUUUACAAAAAAGAUCUGUUUGCACACUAUGGGUGUGUGAACGCCAUCGAGUUCUCCAACGAAGGGGAGUUGCUCGUUUCAGGAGGUGAUGACAGACGAGUUCUACUCUGGUCUGUGGCACAAUCCAUUCAUGGAAAGUGCAAGAACAACCCAGAACCGAUGCAGACAAGUCAUGACAGCAACAUCUUCUGUUUAUCAUUCGAUUCAAAGAAUGCAAGAAUUUACUCCGGAGGAAACGAUGAUCAAGUCAUGGUGCAUGAGAUCCCGACGAAGCAAUUGCUUGUCAAACUGCCACACAAGAAACCCGUGUAUGGAUUGAGUGUGAAUCCCAGCAAUGACAGCGUUUUAGCUACAGCAGGCGACGAUGGACGGAUAUUAAUCUAUGAUAUUCGUGAACCUGGGGAACCACAGUGUCUAGCACGACAUAAAGUUGGGUUUCAUUCUGUUAUGUACAACCCAAAAAAUCCAAUUCUCCUAGUCGCAGCAAAUUCAGAUGAUGGUAUCUUGUUAUUCGACGCACGGAAACCUAAAGAUUAUCUUAUUCAUUACGAUAAAGAAGCUGGACAUAUCAGUGGAAUCAGCGCUUGCUUCAACGCGAAUGGAGAUAAAGUCCUUGCGCUUCGUCGUCGUCUUCCACCCGUCCUGUACGCGACUCAUCAACGCCAUGCUGUGUCACAAUUCUAUCAUCCGCAGUACUACAAUUCCUGCACAAUGAAAACUUGUUGCUUCGCCGGCGAGGACGAUGAGUACGUCUUGAGUGGUUCGGAUGAUUUUAAUUUAUACAUGUGGAAGAUUGCGGAGGAUCAUGGCGAAUGGGGCCAGUCACAUUUUGUUUUGCGCGGCCAUCGUAGUAUUGUCAAUCAGGUGCGAUACAAUAAGCAGAAUAAUCUUAUAGCUUCCUCCGGAGUCGAGAAAAUGAUUAAACUAUGGAGUACGUUACAUAUUGGGGCUUGGACUGGUUCACUCACAAAAGAAACCACCGAAACUCAGCGUAUUGUUUACUCACAUGAAGAUUAUAUGAGUUUGGUUGGUCCGUCAGGACAACGCAUUUCGCAUGAUUAUAGUGAUCAAUCUACAUCCGAAGAUGCGCGAAUGAUGGCGUUCUUUGAUUCGCUUAUUCAAAGGGAGAUUGAGGGUUGGGAAUCACAAUCAGAAGCGACUUUUACUUCUGAUAGUGAUAGCGAUACUCACGUACAGGAUAGAAUUCAAUUAUCCUGGCAGUCUUUAUCACGUUGUCGAAUGCAAGCGGAUGAGACGAGUAAAAAGUUUCGUCCGAAUAGAAUCACGCAGUUGAUUGCGCACAAACGCAAUCGCCUUGCUAAGAUGGCGCUGUGGAAGUCAUCAACACUAGUUCAACGAAAUUUCAACCGUGAGAAACAUAAAAAACGUAAAGCAUCGAAGAAAGCCAAGUGCAAAUGGUCUUCCCGUAAAGCCCCUAAGCGUACAAGAGCUACUUCUCCAACUGUGGCGAAUAAUAACUCCGAAAAAGAGAACUUAACAAACACGCACGCCAGUGGCUCCAGCGGCCGACAUAAAAAGUACAGCCGCCAUCGUACAUCACGCUCCGAGUGUGAUCACCUUCAUCAAUCGAUUGAUGUUCCUAGCACAAGUACGGGAAUCACCGCCGGCUCCUCGUCGAAUAAUCCAAUCUUCCGCGUUAUAGAACAGGACUCCGACGAGGAGACGUCGCAACCAAACACUGCAAACUGUGAUACACGCGCUGCACCCGCCGAUAAUUUCGUCAAUAUUUUGCCGACGCCUUUGAACGGCUCACAGGACAUGUACAUAAAUGUCCUUGAGAUUGCGAAUACGAAUGUGGUAGCGAAUAAUUUGCGCGGUUCAAGCGAAUUCGUGACGGAGAAUUACAGCUCGCUCAGCGAUAGCGAUUAUGAGAUAGUAAUGACACCUGUUAAGCAGCGGCGCACGCAUUUGUCACCGGAAAUGGUCGACAGCGGGUUUGCGACUGGACCAUGCACGUCUUCCGGUAGUAAACCGGCGAGGAAUCGUCGGCAUCAGUGCGACACGUCCGAUGAUGAGUACAAAUAUGAAAAGUUUCGUAAGCGCGUCAAAAAGGCACGGCUCAAUAUGCGCAAACAGAUUGGAAUCGACUCGGAUUCCAAUUGAGACUUGUUUUUUCAAGGACUGCAAAUGAGUGGCCUUUUUUUUUUUAGCAACCACCACAUCAAUCCUAUAUCCAAUUUUUUCUUUAUGUUUACAAUCUAAAUAGACUGUCUCUGUAUAAGUUUGUGUAAUUUUGAAUGUGGUAGCGUACGGAUGUGAUACGGAUAACAAGUGUUUCAUUAUUUUAGGACACGAAGGAUCUAAUGUUUAAGUUUAGGAGAAGCGAACGCGUAUUAUACUAAUUUUCUAUUUGCGAAGUGAUUAGUUGGAUUACUGUCAUUUCUAUAUAUGUAUAAAUACUACCUAUAUUAGCUUAUGUAUUUGAUGCUUUACGAGGGAGGACGUCAAGAUCUGCGAAUAUUAUUCAAUAAUAAAUAAAACGUGGAUUUGA